AUGGCCUCCUUCUUCUCCUCGAGCUCCUCAGCUACAAUCCUCCUCCUCUUAACGCUAAGCUUAAUGACGAGCUAUCUUUCCACUCUUUCCUCAGCUAAAAACCGUCUGAAUACUGGAGAAUCUUUGCAUGCUUUUGAAUCCCUCUCAUAUGGUCAAUACGUACUGUUAUUUCGCAAAUAUUGUUUUCUCUUCUUUGAAAAUGGAGAUACGAAGAUAUGGAAGGCUGAGGGAGAGGGUCUUUUCUGCACCCUAACGAUGCAGUCUGAUGGAAAUUUAGUCAUGCAUAAAGGCACCGACCCUAAUGGGAAAGUUGUCUGGGCCAGUAACACAUAUCAGCCAAACCCCACUAAUGAUUAUUAUCUUCUAGUCACGAAUCAAGUUGCCAUCUAUGACGGUCAAAAUAACGCUAUUUGGGUGAACGGCAACAAGGUUGUUCGUUAA